AUGCAGAAUCUGUUCCUGCAUUUGGAAGGCAUCACGAAAGAAUGGAAUGAAUGGAUGAAAUCUCCACCGGGAACACCUCCAAGACAACUCACAAGGAUGCAAGUCACUCUUAAGGCCCAGGCACCAGCGAUUCUCUGUUGCCGGUUAAACAAGCACCCAAAGCACACCAUCUACCGUAAAAAUUCGUCCCAGCUGCCAUCAAUGAGGGGUUUUUUUCAGAGUAUUAUCUUCUUUAAGCGUUUUGCGAUCCAAUCACAGGGAGGAAUGUUGUGAACGCUUUCAGGCAACCUAAUCCCUAUUGCGAGGCCUCCAUGCAAGCACCCUGUGAACUCGUUUAAUUUCGGGUGGCAAGUGUGGACCAAGUACGAGAUGGAAAUUGUCCCUUUCUCGCACAAGAGAAACCACAAGAGGCGGCGAGCAGCCCAUCGAAGCCCUUGGUUAACAGCACAUCGGCAAUCAACUCAUGGAAAUUGCUGGUACUGUUGUGAGUAAACUGCCCAACAACAGUUCCUCAGCUUCUCUGAUACGUACGGUCUUACUCCCUUACCAGCAUCGGACGUUGAUCUUGUUCGUCACCUCCCUAGCAGCGCAAAUAAAGCCUCAGUCCAUUAAUGUUUACCUGGACGGCGUUCACUCUCUUCAUGUUUCUAAUGGUUACAACAACCCCUUGACUCCUGGUCUCCAGCAAACUCGGUGCGGUAUUGAUCGGAAUAAUUUUGCCGCACCAAAACAGAAAAUGCCAGUUACCUUUGAUCUUCUCUGCAAAAUUCAUCCCUUCAUGAACUUCCACUGUAACCACGAUAUUGUCUACAAUUACCCGUGGCCAUUUCUUGUUAUUGCGUGCUGGGGAGUUCAUGUUAUGCAACAAGGAGCACUUUGACCCCUCAUGCAAUCUCGCACUCGGUGACUUCACUUCUCAUCAGUCCCCAGGCAGUCAGCACUACUGGAUGGUACACAUAAAACAGUUGAAUACUGACCAACGACACCAGGGGGUGACUCUUUAUGUCUCACACACACCAUUCAGUCUGCCCAGCCUGCACAAUGAAAUCUAACCUUACUCUUCAAUAGAGCUGCGCUAAUGUGUCUGAGAAGUGGCCGCUCUUCCUGUUAGACAAUAAUCAGGCCCUGACCAGGCAACAGCUAGUAACAUUCGUGUCCCACUAGCUGGGACUCAUUGGUGUAGAUCCUACCGCUUAUAGCGGACACAGCUUUCGGAUCGGUGGCGCCACGUCUGCUUCUUUGGCUGACCUUGCUGACUACGAAAUUUAAAUGUUAGGUCGCUGGAAAUCAGACUGUUACAAAACCUAUGUUUGUUCCCCGCUAAAUGUCCUACUCCAGUUCCCUCAGUGAAUAGUAAAGACUGCGUCAAAAACUUAUCAAUAUGCUAAUCCCUACUAACAGAAUACUCAAGAUUCCUAGUGGACAGCUUGUUUUCUUUCCCUUAGUUUCUCUUACCACCAACUUUACCAUUUGGGCAUUUAUUUGGGCAGUUGUAUUUGUCCCAAAUGGAAAAUAUAUGUAGUUGCCCAUCGACGGCCCACAUAAGUACGACUGUUGUCUCUAUUGCAUGAUUAAUUACGAUAUUUAUCCAGAGAAUCAACUGAGAAAUUAGUUCAUGCUUUUAUUAGUAGUAGAUUAGAUUAUUGUAAUAGCCUUCUGUAUGGAAUCCCGGAAUAUCAGACUAUGAAAUUGCAACGUGUUAUGAAUGCGAGUGCAAGACUUAUAUAUCGUGCGCACAAGUUCUGUCAUAUAACACCUCUACUCGCAGAAUUACAUUGGUUACCAGUGCGCUCAAGGAUACAUUAUAAGAUACUCUUGAUAACUUUUAAAAUUUUGCAUGGCCUAUCACCUAAGUACCUUUUAGAUUUAAUUAGUAUUCAACAGCCUUCGUCCUACCACGUGAGGCGCAACGACAAUGGUCGUUUGUUGGAAAGACCAAGUGUGAAAAGAAACAAAACAUUGGGAGACAGAGCUUUCCAGGUAGCUGCUCCUUUCCUCGGGAAUAAGCUGCCAAGGUCCGCGCGCGAAGCAACGAACUUAGACAUUUUUAUUAAGGAAUCAUUUCAGUUAUCUUAGUUUAUCUAUAUCUUUAUUUGUAAUUAUCUUUUACUAAUUUUAUGUAAAUAUUUUUUUAUGAUUUUUAUAGAAAGAUUUGUAAAAUUUUAAGUUAUUAAUUACUGUUGUGAUGCGCUUUUGAAUAUUUUAUAGAAAAGGCGCAAUACAAAUAAUGUUAUUGUUAUAAAUAGUAAAUUCAAGUUCAUAAUGAUCUUGUAUUGUACAGUUAGAAAUUGCAUUUCAUUUUGUAAGCUCGUGUGUUGUAUCGUUCGGUUCGCUCGCUCUGUGAGUUGUUGUAUUUUCAUAUCCCUUCCCUCUCUUGAGAGUUGUAUUUGUCCCAAAUGGAAAUAUAUGUAGCUACCCAUGGAUGGCCCACAUACGUACGAGUGUUAUCUUUUUUGCGAGAUUAAUCAUUGUUUUAUUCAUAUUUUUUAUAAUUAUACUGUCAUAUACACCACUAUGUUUCAUUGUAAUCAUUGUAGUGCAAUGCACGUGUGAGCAUAUCUCCAUGUAACACACGCACUAUAAGUCAUAAAAUUAUUUUCAUAACUACUCUUGACUUGUAAAUAAUUAUAAGUCUAAUCUUAAUUAAAACUUUUGACCAUUGUAAAUAAGCAACAGCCACCUCAGAAGCUUUUCUAUUUAGGAUGUUGCACACUGAUUUAAUCUACUUAUAAUGCUUUAGUCAUAUCAUUAUAUGAUAUCAUUUUGAUUUCUACAGAUUUCUAUCUUUUCUCCUUUUGGGGUGUUUUCUGAACAGUGUGCCGAUCUAGAAGACUCUUUACCAGAUGUGGAAACCACACACCCACCCGCAGAUGACUACACGAAAUUCAUCCAAAAGCUGGACAAAUACUUUCUCCCAAAGAAAAACAAAGAUUAUGCGAGAUUCCAACUUGGUAAUCUGCAACAACUGGAAGACCUAUCUCUUGCCAAAUACUUCGCUCAGGUACAAGAAAUCGACAAGAAAUACGAAUAUCACGAUGAAAACGAUGUCAUUCCAGACCAUUAA